UGUUUAAUUUCGACAGAACCGGCCAGCGGAAUCUACUCUACCACUGGCCUCAAUCUCAAAUUAUUUCCAAUCCAUGAUAUAUAGUCGUCACCCUCUUGGAAUCUAGCUACCAUAUUGCCAUAGGUGCACAUGCAUAGUACUCCUUAUAUAUAAGUCGAUCACGUUGGAGGGCACACAUCAGUGGCCUCCUCAACUCCUUCCCGCCUGCUAGCACAAUUGCUGUACGUAGCAGAGACCAAUUAAUAGAUCAGCUGGUAGUACUAGUACUAGCACCUAUCCAUCCGAUCGACCAUGGGUGAGCAAGUAAUUACCAAGGAGAAGGAAGCAGCUGAUCCCAAGGUGGCGGAAGAAGAGCAGAAGAUCAAAGACGAAGCACCACCAGCAGCUGCAGAUCCUCCAGAACCAGCAGGGAUCAUCGUUCUUGGUGUGGAGGUUCACUGCACGGGAUGUGCCAAGCGGAUCAAGAGAUCCAUCCUGCGCUUCUGCAAAUUAGGAGGAUCGAUCGUCGAAUCCGUGGAGACGGACAUGGCUGCCAACACCGUCACCGUCAAGCUAACCCCCGCCGGCGCCGGCGCCGUGGACCCGCAGGCCCUCUGCAACCGCCUCCGCGACAGGACCAAGCGCAACGCCACCGUCAUUUCACCCCUUCCGCCUCCACCACCGGCCGACGACCCUGCUGCUGAACUAGCCCAGAAAGAGGAAACCAAGGCUGCUGAGGAGGUGGAUCGCAGCGUGGAGCUGCUUGUGAACAUGCAUUGCGACGCCUGCGCCGAGCAGCUGCAGAGGAAGAUGCUCAGGAUGAAAGGGGUCCGGAGCGCCACCACCGACCUCGCUGCCGGCAAGCUCACCGUCGUCGUCGACGGUGUCGUCAGCGACGACGACAUCGUCGAUUUCAUCCACCGGCGCACCGGCAAGAUCGCCGCCGCCGUGCCUCCACCGCCUCCAGAGCCCAAGGAGGAGGAAGCGAACAAGGAAGCUGCUGCAGAUCAGAAGCCGGCAGACCACCCUGACGGCGGCAAGAAAGAAGAAGAGAAUAAGCAACCGGACGAGCCGGGGGAGGAGAAGAAGGAAGGCGGGGCGGCUGGCGACGACGAGAAACCGGACAAGAAGCAAGAGGAUGUGGUGAUGGUGGAGGGAUUCCCUCCGCCGGCGCCGGAGGAGAUGAUGAAGCGGGCGAUGGUGUACUGGCCACCUCCUCCCUACAACAACCACUACUACAAGCACCACCAGCAGCUGCCGGAUCAUGCCGCCGCUGCCGACGAGGCCAGAAGGAUGCACCCCAUGGCAGCCAUGCCUCCCCACCCGGCCUACGCCAUGAUGCAGCAGCACCAAUGGACUCCUCCGCCCCCGGCAGUGCCCAUGCCGUCCUACUACGGCGGGAGCAACUACAUGAUGAUGGAGCGGCCGCCGCAGAUGUUCAGCGAUGAGAACCCCAAUGCCUGCGUCAUCUCCUAGCAUCCAUCCAUCCGUAUCAGAUUAUCAGUUGGACAGGGGAUUUGGAUUUGAUGAAUAUGUACUGCUACUUUACUACAUGAUGAGUACAUUAGUAUAGUUAAAGGGAAAUUAAGGGGACCAAUUAAAAAAUCAAUAAAUAAAUCGCCCCUAUUUUGAUUGGCGAUAUAGCAAUGUAUUUGGUCAUGUGUUUGCAUUACGCGCCGAUUAUCAACCACAAAUUAGCAUUA